CGCAAAAAUGUUUUCUUCUCGGUCACUUAUUAGAGCAUUUCCAAUUGUCGGUUUCAUUUCUACUUUUAAAAAAAUAUUUUCUUCAAAAAAAAAAAAAUAAAGCCUUCAAAAAAAAAGCAACAUUUGACAAUUAUUUUAUUAACAACACUUUUCUCAAUUCCUAAUGUUACUCAAUUAUUUUAUUUUAACAAUAAUUCAACACAAUUACUAUUUAAUAUAAAUUAAAAAUAAUCAUAUUAUAAACUAUAUAAUAACAUACAUAAACAAACAAAAACAUCAUACUUCAUAAAAAAAUCAUUGUAUAUAUAUGUUUUCUAUAAGUGAUUAACAAAAUACUUUGAAGCAAAAAGUAAAUUUAUUUAUCUUUGAUUUUCUUAGUUGAGCUAUAUUCUUAUAGAAAUGAAUAUUUUCAUGAUUUUUGAUAUAAACAUCUAAUUAGAUGAAAAUAAUAAUCGAACUUUGAUAUUAAUUAGGUAAUAGUAACAUAUAUAAUUUAUUUUAGAAAAAAGAUAAGAAUAAAUAAAAUUUUAAAACUAAUUUAUAAUUUAAGAAAUUUAUUUUCAAAAAACAAAGAUGUGAACAAUAUAUUUUCAAUUUUUUUAAUAUAUUCAAAUUUGAAGCAGUAUUUUUCAUUUUAAAAUAAGAAGAAAGUACCAUUAAAAUUAAAAAAAAAUCAAACUGAGUCAAUAAGUGGAAAAUGAAAUACUAUUAGAGACCGUUUAUUCAAUAUAUCUUCAACUAUUAGUAAGUUGAACGCUACAAAUUUAAGCAUUUAUUCUUUACUUUAGUUCUUUCUGUUGUAAGAUUAUAUUAUGUUUGCUUCUUUUUAGUUUACUUUUUAAAUAUUUAACAGUAUUUCCACACAUGUCACACACACACAGAUAUAUAUAUAUAUAUAUAUAUAUAUAUAAUAUUGGAAAAGACUAAAAUUUAAACUAAAAAUAGACUAUAUUAUAAUAAAUGGGUUUAAAUGAUUUGAUUGUGUUUUGGAAUCAAAUCAUAUUUUCCAUUUCAAUAAAAAAAUCAACUUAGUUAGCUGGAGAAAAAUAAAUGUAACGGAUCUUUGAAUACAAAAAUAAAACUGGAGUUUCUGUUUUUAAAUUGAAAACAAAAAGAUCACUAAAUGCAACUUGCUUAAUCUUGGUUUACUACAGAUUCACAAACACCUCGGCGGUGGAGUUAUUUUUCCUAAUAAAGAUACAUGUACAUCAUUCUAAUAUAUUUAAUUAAAGAAAGUGUAAACAGAAACGGACAAAAGUUAAGAAAAUAUUACCAAAUAAAGAUAUUAAUUGAUAAUUUGAAAGUACAGAGAAACGGAAACAAAGAGUUGUAGGGGAUUAAAAUGGCAAAGAAGAAAAGUGAUUAGGUAUAAAUUCUGAGUAAAUAUAUUUAAAGAAUCAAAUGCAAAAGGAAAAAAAAAAACUAGUCUAACUAAGCCGUUUACUUGAAUGUUAGUACUUGCUAAACUUGGGAUUCUCUACCAUAAAUAUGAAGAUUUUUAGACAUUAAUGAUUAGCCCCAAUGAUCAAUAAAUAGAAGCAACUCGUGUUCCUCUCUAAUCUCAUUGUUCACAUACAAAUACAGACCCUAAACAUUACGUUUUGUUCCUUUGACCAUGGAACUCAACCUCACUACGCCGACAUCAUGUUCCUCCAGCAGUAUCUCGUCAUCUUCGCAUGAAAUGGGUUUUUUAACCGAUACCAAAGGGAAAAUGAAAGAGAAGAUUGCGGAUGGGCAAGCGACCGAGACUCCGAGGGUAGAGUUUCGCUUUUUGUUCAACAACGACAAUAUAAGAAACUCUGGUUUUGGAGUUUUAGAUGAGGCAGAAGGGACAAAGAACGAGGCUAAAGCGAGGGUGUUUGCUUGCACCUUCUGCAAGAAAGAGUUCUCUACUUCUCAAGCAUUAGGAGGACAUCAGAACGCUCACAAGCAAGAGCGAUCAUUGGCCAAAAGGCGUAAGGAGAUCGAAAUCAACUAUCCUGGGCACUCCUUCUACAGCCAGUACCCACCAAGUGGUGUUUCCAACAGCAACAGCUCACAGUAUGACCUUGGGGUUCGUUGCAAUCCCAACAUUGGUAAAUAUAAGGCCUAUCCCUUAAACAUCUUCAGAUGUCGAUUAGGGUACAGAGGGCUUAACAUUAAUUCCCAUGUCCCUCUCCUGUCUCAACUUUCGUGCCCAAACACAGACGAUUUUUCCAAAAAUUUGAUUUCAAACUUAGAAGGCAGCAUUCAUAUGAAUAAGGAGGACCAAGGUGACAAAGAAGAUCAAUCGGACAGUGAUACUUGCAAGGAUACUGAGAUUGACUUGUCUCUGAAGCUGUAGUUUACUUUUAUUCUUAUUCUUGGUUAAACUUUAGUACUUGUUUCUUAAUUCAGCAUCCUUUCAUAUUGUGUUUUUACUCGUAAUGUUAAAGCUUAUAUUUAUAUAUACAGACUUUAAUCUCGCCAAUCUUCUCUACUAACUGAUACGUAAAAGUGUUUCUUUUCUCUUUUUUUUUCUUUAGUUUCUAAAUUUCGAAAUUUAACAAACGUUUUAUUUUUGUGUGUGUAGAUUAUUUGAGUAGUUAAUGAUAACUAAAGACUAGAAUAUUUGGGAGAGCAAUCCAAUCCUUUAAAUAUUUGAUGUUGAACAGUUAAUAUCACUUAUUAGAAAAUAUGCAGAAAAAACCGACGUUUUUUCAAAAACUACAACUAAAAGCUCAUUAAAUUAUUGAUUAUUUACUCUACCCCUCCAAGACCAUACUUAGUGUUGUAGGUUGUUAGUAUGUAGAGCUUAAAAGAUUGCAACGUAAAGGCUAAAAUACUUUGAGCAUGCAAAUUGUGGUAAAUUCAGAUAAAUACUGUGAUGUAAGUACGAAAACAUUUCUGUUCGGAUGGGAUUUAGAGUUAUAAUAAAAAAAAGUAUGUAGUGUUGAUUAAAAAAUACGGUUCCUCUAACAGAAUGUGAGAAUGGUCUGGAAGCAUUUAUAUCUAUUUAAACAAGUUUUUCUAGG